CGCUAGCUGCCGUCAACUCCCGUUUCAGCGACGGCUGCCUAACCGUACAACAAGAAGUAAUCUUAAAACCAAACAUACCUCGAAAGGUUUGCCACAGAGUCACAACGCACUCCGCAAUACAUCUCACCAAGGCACGCCAUGGAUUUUGUCUCUCUACCCGUUGAGCUGAAGCUCAGCAUCAUUGAGAGUCUUGAGCCUGUACCAACCCUCCAGUUCGCUCUCACCAGCAGAGAGCAUUCGAAAUUGAGCAAAAACCGAUUGAAAGAACACGAAAUGUUCGCAAAAUACUCGACGAUUACACCAGUCUGCAACGGGUAUUCCAUUUGGGACAUCACCAAAGAAAUAUUACAGGACCCGCGAAAGGGGCGGUAUGUGAGGGAAUUGAAUCUCAUCGAUGACCGCCCCGAACAAUUCGAAGACAUGACGCCAGAGGACAAAGCCAUCUUAAAAACAGCAGUAGAGAAGUUGUUGCCUCUGUACCCCGACGUGCGUGGCUUCUUCGUGAGCGAGGACGCCGGCUUGGCUGCUUUCGAGGAGGCCAUGAACCGGUAUGCUAGUCGUGGCUUCGAAGGCGUCAUUGUCAUAGUCUUGCUCCAUCACCUCCCUCAACUACGCGCCUUCCGGUACACCGAUAAACAUGGCGAUGUCUGUAUGCUAUCGUUCAUGCGGCGAGUCGCUACGGGCUAUCAGAACCCCUCAUUAGCUGCUCAGAUGCCAUUGCAGCACCUAGAGACCGUUGGGGUCAUCCAGACCCAAAUGGCAGAGAGCGGCUGCUUAUUGGACUGGGCGGUCUAUUUCCUGUGCGUCCCAUCGCUGCGUGUGUUUGCUGCGUACAUGAUGGGCAGCGAACCCGGAGCGAGGUUCCACAUGGGUGAGGGUGACGAGGACGAAGCUGGCAAUGAGGCUCAUCUACGCAAUACUGUAGGCGCGCCAGUGUCUAACGUGGAAGAGCUUCUGCUGCAUGGGUGCCAAUUUGACCCGCAGAGUUUCAACACGCUGUUGCCCAUGAUCAAAAAUUUGAAAACGUUUCAUUAUACGUCUUUAGGGUAUAUGAACUUAGAUGUACCGUAUGAGCCGAGAAAGGUCAUCAAGGCUCUCUCAAACCAUGCUAGCCACUCUCUGGAGGAGAUACAGCUCGCAGAGUUUGACCAUCUUCUGGAGAGCGUCAACGAUAUCCCUUUCGUCUCAGCUCGAGAGUUCACAAAGCUCAAAGCUCUGCGUUGUGAGGCGAAGUGGCUACUGCCCAUGCCAAACGACGAUGUGGGCGACGACGAAGCGCUGUCACAGGGCUUCUACACAGUAGAGGAGGAGGUCGAACAGAUGACGGAUCCCCGGGACAAUCUUCCAGAGUCACUGGAGUAUCUAUACUUGGACGGUGACUACGAAUACGAGCAAUACCACCAACUCAUCGAUAUCUUUGACACGACGAACCCGAAUACGCCGAAGCUGACGCUUGACAACACGUGCAUCAAAUACGGUAGUGACACAUCUUAUGGGGGUGCGGCCGAGCCUGAGGUCAAGUUUGCACACCCGCAUCAAGUGGACAGCACGUGGUCAAAUGCUCUCUGGGUGCGACAUUGGUGAUCGGGUAUGGUGACCGUUUUUGCAGGUGUUGUGGCCUGGUGUUGAACAGUUGUGCAAUCAGCCUCAACAAAGAGCCAGACAACUUGCUGUGGAGACCAAAAGAGCGGCGGAAUCCACGUGUACCUGUACC